AUGCGUCGAGAGCUGGCCAAUCCGGCCGUUCUCCCAGAGAAUGUGUAUAAUAUGGACAAGAUAGGAGUUCUCCUCAGCAUCCCCAAUUCCCUUAAAGUACUCGUCAGCAAUUUGCCACUUCCAGUCUCCGCUGAAGCCAAAACCUUCCCUACUGGUACAGCUCUUCUCGCAGCUCGCACAGAGCCGGCAGUCUUCCUCCGUCAUACCAGAACAUCGCACAGCAAGAAUUCAAAAUGCACAAUUACCUUGGACGGCAAAGAGCCUAUCAGCAACAAGAAGAUCAAGGACAAAAUAACGAUAGAGCGAGAAUUCGUGCCUCGAAGAUAUGAAUACAAGAUCGUCAACUCUACCCUAGUUCCGGACGUCAAUGAAUUAGGCGAAUACAUAUUUGUGAUUCGAUUACGCUCCAGGAAUAAGAGACAUCUUGAGAGAGAUUCUGAAAGACAUCAGAAAAGCGAACUUCGAUGCUGA